UUCCCCGAAGUUCCUUCCCCGAAGUUCCUUCCCCGAAGUUCCUUCCCCGAAGUUCCUUCCCCGAAGUUCCUUCCCCGAAGUUCCUUCCCCGAAGUUCCUUCCCCGAAGUUCCUUCCCCGAAGUUCCUUCCCCGAAGUUCCUUCCCCGAAGUUCCUUCCCCGAAGUUCCUUCCCCGAAGUUCCUUCCCCUUUGGAAACCCUUUUUGUUACCCAUCCCCUUUAG